ACUCUAUUCCUUUAUCAUUAAAUCAUUUUCAGGAGCGAACUGUAUUUAUAUUUCCCUGGGUGAUAGUAUCUUUAUUAACGACUGUAGCAAACCUGAUAACUUUCAUUGUUAAAAUAUCCUCUCCAGACUCUGUAACAGUUGCUAAGGUUUUCUCUGCUAUUAUGUACUUUUGCAUUGCUGGAUACUUCAUCCUUAGUGUGUUCUCCUACUACCAAAUUCUCAAGAUUAGGAAGAAAAAAGUCAUUACGUUUCUUGAUCAGGAGUUCCAGGGGGGAGAAGGAAGUAUGUAUCAUACCCUAGAGGAGGAGGGAGGGGAUGACCCACACUUCUCUCAGUAUUCAGAUAUUCAAACCCCAAGACAAAGCUCACAUCCUUGGGGUAGACCUACCACACCAUACACAGAGAAGGCUGUACCUAUGACUGAAGAAGAAGAUGUAGGAAAUGAAAAUGUACUGUUUGCUAAACUGUAAACUGUAAACUGUAAACUGAACCGCAUUUAAUUAAUAAAUAUUUUCUAUUGUA